AUGGAUGGAUCUCAGAUCCUGAGACUUCAGGAUAUAGAAUGUCAGGAUGUGAAAAGAGCCCUGGAGGACCCCAUGGUGGACACUCGCAUUCUAGAAGAAUUCAUCGGGGCUGACUUUGAACCCGGAGGACUGCAGAGCCAGUUUCCAGAAACGCCGCCCUAUUCCGGCUCCGACUCGUGCUCGCCGCCUCAGCUCUCAGGCGUGUGUCUUAGAGGCCCGGCGCCCGGGAGGCUUCACGUCUCGCAUCACCCGGCAGCUGCGCCCGGAAAUCCGCCUCUCGCCCCCAUCGAGGGCAUCUCGACCGUGUCCGCCGGGUAUCCCUGCGACCUGUUCCAGGACGGUCUGCAGCCCGACGACUCCGGGCCUUCUGGGAGCUACUGUCCUCCUUUCCAGUGCACCGGGCCCGAUUAUUCCUACCAGCAGCAGAAACCGUGCCAGAGUCAUGAACUUUUCUUGCCACCUACGAGGAAGAGAAAGCCUUCCCGGUUGCUAGAGGAUGCUACGGAGCUUUCAGUUUGGGACAGUCAACCUGGACAGAUGACCGGCGGGGACCGCGCUCCGGAGGUGAAUGCGAACGAUCUCCAAGGGCCAAGCACCGUCUGUCCAGACAAGGGUCAGCCGUCUCUCAAGUGGCAGCCGUACCAAAGCAGCCCCUGGAGCGGUUUACUCAACGGCCUUUACGAGAAGCUGCCUGAUGUAGGAUACUGUGUUGUCACAGACAAAGGAUUUAAUUUUUCGGCAGCAGAUGAGGCUUUCGUCUGCCAAAAGAAGAACCAUUUUCAAAUCACUGUUCACAUUCAAGUCUUUGGGAAUCCAAGAUACGUUGAAACCCAAAUGGGGUUGAAGCCUAUUGAAAUGUUUUACUUGAAAGCGUUUGGAGUUAAGGUAGAAGCCACCAAUCAAAUCAUCACCAUUGAACAAUCCCAGUCAGACCGAAGCAAAAAGAUAUUUCAACCCGUCAAAAUUGAACUACCAGGAAACCAGUUGACCAAAGUCACCCUAGGGAGACUACACUUCAGCGAGACCACGGCAAACAACAUGAGGAAGAAGGGGAAACCUAAUCCUGACCAAAGAUACUUUAUGUUGGUGAUUGGAUUGUAUGCGGCAAACCAAGACCAGGGCUACUUACUGUCUGCGCAUAUUUCCGAAAGGAUCAUCGUGAGGGCCUCUAAUCCUGGACAAUUUGAGAACGACGGCGAUAUGUUAUGGCAAAGGGGACACGGUCCAGAAUCCGUGGUCUGUCACGGCCGAGUGGGAAUUAACACGGAGGCCCCGGAUGAAGCGCUGGUCGUUCUUGGAAACGUGAAGGUGUCGGGAGCUGUCCUGUAUCCCUCUGAUAGCCGGGCCAAACAGAACAUCCAAGAGGUCGACCCAAAUGAACAGCUCAGAAGGAUAGCCCAAAUGAGAGUUGUUGAAUAUGACUACAAACCUGAAUUCGCCUCUGUAAUGGGAAUAGAACAUGUCCACCAGACAGGAAUGAUAGCCCAGGAGGUAAAGGAUAUCUUACCCAGUGCCGUAAGAGAAGUGGGUGAUGUCACCUGUGCAAAUGGAGAAAAGGUGGAAAACCUCCUCGUGGUGGAUAAGGAUCAGAUCUUUAUGGAGAACGUAGGGGCGGUGAAACAGCUCUGCAAACUGACCAACGACCUCGAAGAAAGAAUAGGAGAGUUAGAAGUGUGGAACCAAAAACUGAAUAAACUCCAGCAGGUGGACAGCCUCAAGGCCAAAGAAGGAAACACCGUCGACCAGGUCAAAGAGGUUGUUACCGCACCGCUCCCCAGAAGAGUAGUGACCGCAAAACCCAACAGGGUUUGCUUUUCAGAGGCAAAGCGGUCCUGUCCCCACCGGGUUUUCCGGAUCACAGUCAUUGCCGUCAUCACCGUGAUGGCGUUCUGUGCCUUGACGAUAGCCUCCCUUUAUGUAUUUAGUUUACGAGAGCCAGGCGCGGACCAAAAUUUCACUUCGGGCAAUGCCACACAGCCUCGAAAACUCCUCCUGGCCUCCUUCCAAACAGCACCGCCCGCCUCCACCGUCACAGGGCCUUCAUUCCAGGUCCCGGCAGUAAAUUUCUGCGAUAUCCUGCCGUGUGAUCAUUCCGCCUGCUGCCCGGACCACGACUUCCGAAGGACCCUCCUGACCCUGGUUGGGGAAAGGAGGACGGAGUGGGAGCGCAGGCCGGGGAAACGGCCCCUGUCAGGCAUCAAUACAACCGUCAGCUCCAUCCAGAUUGUGGAAACACAGCAAAAAAUUGAUCAUCGCUAUUGCAGUUCAAGGCUCCAGUGCAAGUCUGGAAAUUACAGCUAUAAUAUUCCCAUCAACAAGCACACGCCCCCCAAUGCAAAAUUUUCACUGGAAAUCAACACCACAGAACGAAUGAUGGUUUUCCGGUGCGGAAGUUCUUUUGGAAGUGUCUGUUUCCAAAGCCAAGCGGGAGCGAAAACAGAGGAAGAUGCCCUGAACAGCACCCAGGGAUGUCAGCAUAUGUGGAGUCUCCCCGUGGCCCAUUUCUAUGACAGCGUAUUCCAUUUCCGUGUCGCUGCCCCGGAUAUUGCAGACUGCUCAUCAGACCCUAACCAUGCUGGGAUAAUCUUCACGGAUUACUACCUCUACUUCUAUCGGCAGUGCGGCUGAGUUCUGGAGUUCAGCUGGAUCACAAAGGAACACCACCACAUGUGCUGCUAAAAGGAGCCUGCAUCCGUCACCCGCUAGUUGUUCACUUCUUCAAAUUUGCUCCUUGAAGAAUUCCUCCUGCACUCUGCCUCGGCUGGUUUAAAAGAGAAUGAAGAAAACGAAGGAUUUUCUGGGUUCAAACCGCCACGGACUUCGCGCAUUCAAUAGUGACUCGUGAGAAGUCGGUCAGAGUGUGGGAUUUGGAAAUGUCACCUAUUUAAUAAAACCCCAAGGAUGCGGCUAACGUUUGCUCGAAAUGAAUGUGCUUCCCGACUGUACCGGAAAAAAAAAAAAAGAGAUGUUAUUUCUGAUGAGAA